AUGGAAUCUGUCAAUAGCAACCAAGGCUCAACACCUACCACCCCUGAACCGACAUUAAAAAGCACACCCAAAAAUUUCGUAGCGCAAGGCGGGACCUCUAUCGCACCGCCAAAGACUCCUCCAAAUACACGCACUAUAUCUCCACCAAGAGCUCCUCGUCCACGACAAACUUUUCGGACUGAGGGAAUGUGGGCGAAAAAUGGGGGGGUAUCAAUGCCAACAUCAUCACGAACCCCCAGAAAUAUUGGUAGUAGAUUUGUGAACCCUGCAGGACAAUACCAGAGCAAUCGUGGGAGAGAUUCGCGAUCUGUGUCACCUUUACAGAGCCGACCAGGUUUAUAUCGGGCUCGAUCGGCGCUCCUACAUCACCCUCGAAGCAGACCGUUGGCUGGUGCAGCACCACAGCUUCUACCUUCCUUAUUUAUCAACGAAGGUGCUGUCUCCACUAACAACCACUCAUCUGGUCGAGUUGAAGUUGACAUGCAAUAUAUGAACAUGCUUCCUAUUGCAAGCCGACACCCGAAGGAGGAGACGGCAGCAGACGUAUCGUCAGGACUUCAGGACGACGAGAAUGCGGAUAGUAAUCUGACAGAGGGUAUUUUUAACGAGUAUGAUGACGAAGAUGAAGAAAAGGAUGAAAGUGGUAAAAAGGACGAAAAGGAACAUGACAUCUGGUCAUGGAAAUGUUGA